AUGGCUAAUGAUUUAAAAACUGGAGUUUGUUUUGCAUCAGCUGGAUCAGGAUAUGAUGAUUUAACAAGUUCAAUUUCUGGAGUAAUUUCAAUGAACGGGGAGCCUGGAGCAACGCUAAGGUUGUCUCCGUCCCGUAUGAUCUAUAGACCAGGAGUUCGAGCAGUAAAAGCAGCCAAUAAUGUUUACAUUAGGGAACUUUAUGAACUUGGAUGUCGUGGAAUUAUAGCGAGUGGGCUGCCUCCAAUUGGUUGUCUACCAAUUCAAAUGACAGCAAAAUCUCCACUUCAUAGAAUUUGCUUAGAAAAAGAGAAUUCAGAUUCUCAAAUUUAUAAUCAAAAGCUUCAGAAAUUGUUGCCAAAUUUACAAGCACAACAUCCAGGAAGCAAAAUCUUGUAUGCAGACAUUUACACUCCUAUAUCAGAUCUCAUCAAUAAUCCACAUGAAUAUGGAUUUGAAGAAAUUAAAAAAGGUUGUUGUGGAACUGGGUUAUUAGAAGCAGGACCAUUGUGUACAACAAAAUCUCCAAUGUGUACAGAUACUUCACAAUAUAUUUUCUUUGACAGUAUUCAUCCAACUGAAUCAACUUACUACCACAUUACUGAGUAUUUAGUGAAGGAGCUUCUCCCAAAGUUCUCAACUGUUGACAGCUUUUGA